AUGGAUCACACGCGCGACCCCUGCCCUUGGGUUAUCCUGAACGAUUUUGGUGGUGCUUUUGCCAUGGGAGCGAUUGGUGGAACACUAUGGCAUGGUAUCAAGGGUUUCCGUAACUCACCGUACGGAGAACGUCGCAUUGGUGCCAUCUCCGCGAUUAAGAUGCGCGCUCCUGUUCUGGGCGGAAAUUUUGGCGUUUGGGGAGGCCUUUUCUCGACUUUCGACUGCGCAGUUAAGGGAAUUAGGAGGAAAGAAGAUCCCUAUAACGCCAUAAUCGCUGGAUUCUUUACAGGAGGAAGUUUGGCCAUCAGAGGCGGAUACAAGGUCAGUCUUUUCCCCUCCGCGAUGAACCGCCCACCCUCCGCGCCCCAGGGUCACAUUGCAAAGGCCUACCAGUUGUUGGCAUUCUCUGCCACACUGGCCGGUACAUUUUCUACCGCGCUCUCUAGUACUGUCCCUGGCGGGCUGAUGGUCUUCCCUGCGAAUGGUGCCAUCGGAUGCGCAGUUCUCUUGGCUGUCAUCGAGGGUGUCGGUAUCGGAUUCCAGAAGAUGUUUGCGGGCUCGACCAAGUUAGAGGCCUCAAAGAUGCCCCAGCCUCCUCCGUCAGACGGCGCCAUGGUCUAA